AUGACCGAGACGAUUACAAAGAUGAGCCUAGUUGACUGGCUGGAUGAUCUCACCGUUCGCUUCCUUCUCAACCUCCCCGCCUCCGAGUUGUCGUCUAUGCCCCGCCUCUGCUUCCAAGUUGAAGAAGCGCAAUGGUUCUAUGAAGACUUUAUACGCCCUGCAGCGGCUGCAGCGGGCAAGCAGCUCCCGUCGCUUACGCUGCGGCAGUUCUGUCUGCAGCUCUUCCAGCACUGCCCGUUGUUGAGUGGGUUUACUGGGGAGCAGCAUGUGGCUGCGUUCGAGGAGUUCCUCGCCUAUAAAGUCCGCGUCCCCGUCCGCGGCGCCAUUCUGAUGGAUGACAGUUUGGAGAAGUUAGUGCUCGUCAAGGGCUGGAAGAAAGGUGCUUCAUGGUCCUUCCCACGUGGUAAGAUCAACAAAGACGAAAAGGAUCUCGACUGCGCCGUACGUGAAGUUUACGAAGAGACCGGCUUCGAUGUUCGCGCUGCUGGCCUUGUCCCUCUAGAUGAGGACGAAGUCAAGUAUAUAGACGUCACCAUGCGGGAACAGCACAUCCGCCUCUUCGUCUUCCGUGGCGUAAAAGAGGACACGCAUUUCGAACCCCAAACCCGCAAGGAGAUCAGCAAGAUUGCUUGGUACUAUGUGCGAGACCUGCCCGGUUUCAAGAAGGGCAAGCAGCAACAUGGCGGCGAAGGCAACCAUGCGAGCAAGUUCUACAUGGUUGCGCCGUUCCUGGGACCGCUGAAGAAAUGGAUCAACCAGCAGUGCCGAGCUGAAGCGGCUAUUGAGCAUUGGAGUGACGGGUAUCAAUGGCAACACUUCGACACCAGUAGUAGCUCCGAUUGGGCCACAAACUAA